AUGGGUCCCCGGGUAGUGGCGUCUGCGCUGGCGCUCUCCUGCCUGCUGCUGGCGAGUGCCUCGCCGGCGUCAGCGGCCACGGCCGCGGAGGACACGGAACUGGCGCCAGUCGUCAACGUCGAGCAGGGAAAGGUGGCGGGGUCCACCAUGCUGUCCCGGCGUGGGAAGCGCUUCUUUGCCUACGUGGGCAUUCCGUACGCCGAGCCUCCACUUUGGGACCUCCGCUUCCAGGUUGCACAGAAGCCAGACAACUGGGACGACGUUUUCAACGCAACGAAAGAAGGAAGUCCCUGCCCUCAGCUGAAUGCAGAGGGGAAGUACAUUGGGAACGAAGACUGCCUGUACAUCAACAUUUUCACACAUCUGGUUCCUGAUGAUGGCGACGUAAACGACAUUAUCAAGGUGAUGAGGGACGUCAUUGUGGUGAUUCACGACGGCGGCUUCACAACGGGCAGUGGCAGCUUGACCAGGUUCUCUCCAGAACACCUCAUGGACCACAACGUCGUUCUCGUUACCUUCAACUAUCGGCUCGGCCCGCUGGGCUUCCUGGCGGCUGGGGAUAUGUCGCUGCCUGGCAACGUGGGCCUCAAGGACCAGUCGAUGGCGCUGCGCUGGGUGCUGCGUAACGGCCCCAUGUUCGGCGGCAACCCGCACAGCGUGACGCUGCUCGGCGUCGAGGCGGGCGCCGCCAGCGCGCACUACCACAUGUUCACACACCUCUCCUUCCGCAAGUUCGCGCGCUCGGUGUCGCUGUCCGGCACGGCGCUGAGCCCCUGGGCGCACGUGUCGACGGCGGAGGCGCGGCGGCGCGCCUUCCGGCUGGGCGAGCUGGUCGAGUGCCCUCCGGAGCAGCUGCACGACGGCCAGGGUCUGCGGCAGUGCCUCUCCAAGAAGCGCGCCAAGUACCUGGUCCGGAAGGCCGCCAAAGUACUCGACGGGUUCGGCCGGCCGGCGUGGCCCUUCGUGCCCGUGACGGAGCCGUUCCUGGGCCGCAACAUCUCGUUCGUUCCGCAGCCCGUCACCGACAUGGUGCAGGCCCUGGGCAGGCGCAAGUUGCAGGACCAGCCGCCCUGGCUCAUCGGCACCACCAGCCACGAGGGGCUCCAGCAGGCGCUGGCGAUACUCGACUCACCCGAACUGACGUCUCAGCUGAACGAAGAGCCGGGUAAGUUCCUGCCCAAAUACCUGGGUAUGGUGAUCGAGGGCGGCGAGGACAGGGCAGCGUCUAUCGGCCACCGCAUCUGGGACUUCUACAUGCAGGGGGCGGCGCUGGACCAGACCACAGUCGGCAGACUGGUCGACAUGAUAGGCGACUACCAGACGCUGUACGGCGUGAGCCGAAGCAUUGAACUGCAUACCAACCACACGGAGACCCCAAUGUUUGUGUACAACUUUGGCUGGAAGCCGAAGGAUAGCAAAGAGCUUGGUGUAGGCGCCGUCACCGUCGCCGUCGGAUCGCGAGAGCCGAGGACGCGCGCAUAUUUCAGGCUGGGGUGGAGCGCCGCGGCCGUGAUGCAUGGCGGCGCCGGCUGCGCUGUGUGGGAGGGGGCGCAAGACGCUGCCGCAAGUGUUCCCGACGGCGCCCUCUGA